AUGGCGAACUCCGAGGCUGGGACAGGUAGCGAUGCUGCACAAGCAUCGGGAGGUGAGUACGAAGUAUUCCUGAGUUUCAGAGGACCCGACACUCGUCAUGAAUUCAUAGACUUCCUCUACCAUCACUUGAUAGAUGCCGGAGUCCGUGUAUUCAAGGACGAUACUGAGCUCCGUGUGGGCGAAGUGAUUAGUAAGGAACUUCAAAGUGCUAUCAAAAAGUCCAAACUCUAUAUACCCGUUUUCUCUCGGACUUAUGCUUCCAGUAAAUGGUGCCUCCUUGAGCUUACGCUCAUGGUAAAUAAUGUGUCCAUGUUGAAGGGUGAAAAGACUAUCCUUCCAAUUUUUUUGGAUGUGGAACCUGCCGAUCUCAAACUUUAUACUCCGUUGUAUAAGAAUGCUUUACGGAAGCACAGGCGGCGGUUUCCCAGCAAAGUCAAGGCGUGGACAAAUGCACUUGCAAAGGUUGCUGAAAUCAGCGGAUGGAACGUGAAAAAGGAUCAAAGCAAAGCAGAGAUUGUCAAAUUGGUUGUUGGGGCGGUAUCGGAGAGGCUGAGGAUAAAGGAAAUAUUAGUAAGGGAACAUUUAUAUGGACUUGACAAUCAGAUAAAACACUUGACCGAGUUUUUAGAUGUCCACCAUCGUGAUGUGCGGCUCAUUGCAAUUUAUGGAAUGGGUGGCAUGGGUAAAACAACUAUUGCCCAGGUCAUCUUCAACCUACUACAUUCCCAUUUUGGAGAGUGUUGUAGCUUCCUGGAGAACGUUCGAGAAAGAUCGUCGACCAAGGAGGAUAUAGUCCGGCUGCAGAAGAAAUUACUAUUUGACAUUGUUCGUUCAAGAUCUAUAGACCAAUUCGACGAUUGGGAACGAGGAAAGACAAAUAUUGAAGAAACACUCCGCACUAAGAAGGUCCUUUUGGUUCUGGAUGACGUUGCUGACGACCAGCAUAUUAAGAAUCUAUUGGGAACUUAUUCAUUCUAUUCAGGAUCUCGUAUAAUCAUUACAACGAGAGACCAAACUAUUCCAGCAGUUGAGGGAUUUAAAGGUGAAAUUCUACGGUAUGAGAUGCAAAAGAUGGAUAAUGGUCCCGCACUUAAGCUUUUUUGUCGGCAUGCAUUUAAUGAAGACUUUCCUCCGGAUGAUUAUCGCGAACGGUCCAAUAAAAUUGUCUCGGGUAUAGGAGGGCUUCCUCUAGCUAUUCAAGUGAUAGGUUCGUUACUUAAAAGGAGAGACGAAGCACUUUGGAAAGAGACCUCAGACAAUUUAAAGAAUACAUCUGAGGGAGAGAUUCUAAAAAAGCUGAGGAUUAGCUAUGAUGAUCUAGACUUGGUUCAGAAAAUCAUUUUUCUUGAUAUAGCAAGCUGUUUUGUCAAUGAGAAGAAGUCUGAAGCAAUUUACAUGUGGACCAGCCAUCCAUUAAAUCCCGUAAAAGGAAUUAAAGUCCUUAUAGAGAGGUGCUUGAUAAAGAUAUUGAACAAUGAUGAGUUGUGGAUGCAUGAUCAAUUAAUAGCACUAGGAAGACAAAUUAUCCGUGACGAUAGUCAAGGUAACCUUGAAGAGCAAAGUAGGUUGUGGAUUGCAGAAGAGGCUCGAGUAAUCAUAAGAAACACAGCGAGGAAGAACAAAGUUCAAGGGCUUCAGAUUGAUGGACUGGAUGACUCCAUAGAGAUUACAAAUGAAGAGUUUCAAAGGUUAGAAAACCUAAGAUUCCUCAAGUUAGGCAAUGGAACUUAUUCUGGGGACUUUGAAAAGUGUUCUUCAAAUUUGAGAUGGUUUUCUUGGCAUUCUUAUCCUCUAACUGAUUUUAGAGCAGACAAUUUGGAUUUUGGUCUUCUUGUUGUUUGUAAACUUGAUGAUAUGCACUUCAAGGAUGAUUCAAACGCAUGGGACUGGAUCAAGCGGGCACGGAAUUUGAAAGUUCUAUCUAUUACUUGGUGUCCCAACAUAACGAAAAUGCCAGACAUAUGUAAAUGCUUGGCCUUAGAGAGGUUGACUGUUGCAAAUUGCUACAGGCUAAAGACAAUUGAAAGCUUCAUUGGAUGUCUAAGCUCGUUGAUUGAGUUAAAGAUUGAAAACUGCGAUGGUCUUGCAAAUUUGCCUGAAGAAGUUGGGGCACUAGUGAAGCUUAAGCACUUCUCGUUGAAGGGGUGUAGAGGGUUGGGAGAACUUCCAAAUUCAAUUGGGAAUUUAGCCUCAUUGACAGAGUUAGACUUAUCAAGUACGGGCAUUGCCAAGCUUCCAAACUCUAUUGAAGGAUUGGUGAAACUUGAGUCUUUUCUUCUAAGAAACACGAGGUUAAGUGAAAUUCCCAACUCUAUUGGGAAAUUAGCCUCAUUACGCACAUUGAGUUUAAGGAAAAACGGAUCAUAUCAUCGGUGGCAUGAUUUUUUGCAGUUACCUAGUGGCAUCAACACAUUGGUAAAUCUUGAGGAGCUGGAUCUCUCCGGGCGUGAUGGAUUGGCAGAAAUUCCAAAUGAGAUUGGAAAUUUGUCAUCUUUAAAAAUCCUAAAUUUGGAGGGCACCGAUAUCAGGGUAAUUCCAAGGACAGUAUGCUGGCUUCAUCACCUCGAAACACUCAAUUUAUUGCAUUGCUAUUUGAUUGGAGAGUUGCCAAAGCUUCCCACAAGUUUGACCUGUCUACUUCUUCAAUCUACAUCGCUAUUCUCAAUCCCUGAUCUGUCGAACCUUACUAAUUUGGUUGAAUUACAUUUAAUAUAUGGCUCUCAAUAUACAGGCGUAUUAAAUCUGAACCCAGAAUGCAACUUAAGUUGGAUUGGGAGUUUAUCUAUAUUGAAAAAGUUGCAUUUAUAUCUGAUAAAGGUACAUGCACCUCGAGAGUUGGCUUCUCUUUCUCAUCUAGAAGAGCUUACUUUGAAUGGCCUAGACCUAGAAACCCUACUGCAGCUUCCGUCCUCCCAAUGGAGUUUGAGAAAUUUGUCGACUUUAGAGUUACACGGGUGUGAAGUGGAAGACAUUCAACUCGACAAACUUCCACAACUGAAGAAAUUAACUAUUGGCAAUUGUGAACGGCUUCGGAGACUAUCCAUUUCUUUGGAGUUAAGGAAGCCAAGCCAGGUGAGAGUGACAUCUUGUCCGGCGCUAGUUGAGAUACAAGUUGUGGAUCUUGUGAAAUCAUUGGAAUCCUUGAGCGUUUUGGGAUGCGAAUCUCUGACAAGAAUAGGUGGGUUAUCAUGUUCGAAGAACCUGGAGAACCUGUAUAUCCACUCGUGCAAAUCAUUGAGAAGGUUGAUUGAUGCAUCUUGCACAAAUAUACCUGAUGAUUGCCUUGUCAAUAUCCAAUGGUGUGGAGACUUUAUCAAAGCUUCUUCUCCAGCUGGAAUGCCUAUGAAGGGUUAUAGAGAGGAGAUUCUUCUGGACACAUCAAAUAAGGUUGACACUGAGUGGGAGGAAGAUUAUGGGGAGGAGAUGAUGGAGAUGUUUAGAGAGGAAUGGACGACGAAGACUAAUGCACACUCCGAAGAGGACGGGGGUGAGUGGAAAGUUGUAGGUUCUGUUGAGGCCAGGGGAAAUAGGAGGCAAACGAAGGUCGGAUGGACCAGGACCAGAUGUGCUUCGAAACCAGGAACGGAUCCUGCAGAAAGAGGCAGAGCAAGGAGUAUGACUUCAAGUUCAAGAGACAGCAAAGGUUUGAGGUCGGAUAGGGACGCAGCCUCUACUUCAGGGAAGAGCACGGCAUUGAAUUCAGGAAGGGGCAUAGCUUCAAGCUCACGAAGCAGCACGACUUUGAGUUCAGGGAGGGGCAGAGUUUCAACUUCAGGAAUGGGCGCAGCAUCAAAUUCAGGAAGGGGCAUAGCUUCAAGUUCACAGAGCAGCACGACUUUGAGUUCAGGGAGGGGCAGAGUUUCGACUUUAGGAAUGGGCACGGCAUCAAAUUCAGGAAGGGGCAUAGCUUCAAGUUCACAGAGCAGCACGACUUUGAGUUCUGGGAGGGGCAGAGUUUUGACUUUAGGAAUUGGCAUGGCUAAAAUGGGCGCAAGUUUAAGAUCAGGGACAGACAAAGGUUCAAGCUCAGCCAAGGCUGAGCCAAAAAAUCAAAUUCAUGAUAAGAACAACAAGGCAAACACGAACAAGCAGUGA